UGCCGAGAACUCACGAGGAGCACAGUAUGACAGAGCACACUUCCUCAGUGCAGUUAUGAAGAUGAGCACGGCGAUAGUGAAGAGAUUCUCGAAUCACCAAAAGAAAAUGAAUUCAACAGAGCAAAACAAACCAACAAUGGAUUUACACGAAGCAGUUGUUGCCUCAAAAGCAGCAAAAACACUAAGUUUGUUCAACAGAAACUUACAAAAGAAAACGGUGAAGCUGGAAGAGGGUAGUCCCCCCAAAACAAUCAAACGCUACCUUAAAACUAUGACCAAAUCAACGUUUCGUGGAGAUGUGGAAAGCAACACUGAUACAAUCGAUUCAAAGGAAAAACAGAGGCGAAUUGAUCUCGGGAAGGUCAUGAAGAAACUCUAUCUGCUAAUUGAAGCAGGGAAAGCCUUUUCCAAGGAGACUGAGGAAACCUUGGGGGAACUAGCACAUUUACGGUCAGCUGGGAAUUAUGUCAUCCUUGACAAAGAUAGUUACAAAGACAAACUAAGCAAUGAAUACAAGCGCUUUCUCGACUUAAGAGAAGAUUCGAUUUUGAAGGUUGAAGAAAGCAAGACAAGUACGAAUCCAAUGAAACCUGUUGCACCAUUGCAUCACGAUGACUUUUGGGGCACGAGGCAACAACUACGGUCUGGCAAAGUCGUUGGUGAUAUGCUCGGCGGCAUUGACCCGGUCUUUGGCGCACUUUUAAAUCCAACAGGUGGACGGAUCGGAAGAGGAGACUCUGAAACACUUCACAAUAUGCUUUACAAGAAAGACGAUCCUUUGGCAUAUCACGCUGCAGUCCAUGAUGCCUUUGGUUACCUCAUUCAACAUCAUGGCAAAGGUCCCGGCUAUAACUACCUCAAUACAAGGUGGACGUUCUUCCGAAAAGAAUCUCCCAUGUCAUGUCAAGCAGCCGGAGUGAAGUUCUGGAAAAAAGCUUUGAAAAGAAGACCAGUGGAGAAAGAAUUUUAGAUUAACUUUAUUUGUGUGCAUAAAAUAUUGAACUGAAUCAAAAGUCAGUUUUCUUUCUAUUUUCUUUGUGUCUUCUAUCGGACAUAUUCUUUGCUAGUUUUUCCAUGUACAUAGUAAAUAUCAAAGUAUUAUAGAAGUUUAAUAGAAUUAUUUUAUUACAUUAUAUCAAUAAUAUUAUAUAUUUUAUUAAUAGUUAGGUAUGAAUGCAUUGACAUAUUGACUACAGGUGGUGGAUUAUUAUGUAACGAAUUAUUUCUUAGCCAGCUGUGCAGAAAUGSCAAUUAAGGUUUUGUCAGUUAAGUUAUGUAAGGGAUUCAUAGCCUUAGGUGAUCAUGCUUAUCGAGUAUAUGAAAAAGUUGACUUAUUUGAGUAAAAAAUAAAAUACGCUCAUUUUUCAAAGUUUA